GAUGACCGUCUCCCCAUGCCCAGCUGCCGGCGCUCCCGGAUCCCGGCGGAGGAAGGAGGGAAGCUCCCGGUGCCCCCGGGACCGGUGCGGGCGGGCGCAGGAAGGGGGCGGGGCCUGCUCGCGCUUCCGUUCCCCCCCCACGUGGCCGUGCUUUGUGCGCGCGGGCGGGCGGCGGCCCCGCCGCCCCUUCCCAUCCCUUUCGCUUUCCCUUUCCGUUCCCCGCCGCGCUCCAUGGCUUUCUCGUACUCGGAGCGGCUCUGGGAGGAGGUGGGCAAGCCGGAGGACUACGACUCCACCUGGGAGGGAGAGGAAGAGGAGGACGAGGAGGAGGAGGAUGGCGGCGGAGGCGAAGCGGAGGGAGCGGAGGCGGCAGCCGGGGAGGAGCCGCAGGAUGCGGGGGAGCAGCCGGGGUCGGGCAAGGAGCAAGACUGCCGGUCUAGAUGGUAUUCUUUCUGGCUGAAGCUGCUAGUGUUUUUAUUCAGUACUGAGGAGCAAAGCUCGAAUUCAUCACGGCCGUCUCAGUUCAACUGGAGGCGUAACUGCACUGCGGCCAAAGACAUGCAGAGAUACAGACACCGCUACCCAGGUUUGAAACAAUCAGAAAAUGAGGAGGAAGAAGAGAUGUGGAACUUAAGCUUUUAUAAAAAUGAGAUUUCUUUUAUGCCCCAGGGUGUGCUUAUUGAAGAUCUGCUUUCACGUUGGUGGGACGACUAUGAAACUCUGGAAUAUAACCAUUCUUACAUACAGUGGCUGUUCCCUUUACGUGAACACGGGAUGAACUGGCAUGCCAGGCCACUCACCCCUCAAGAAAUCGAGGCCUUUAAGAGGUCCAAGGAAGUUAUGGAAAGGUUUGUACGUGCUUAUGAGCUCAUGCUGAGAUUUUACGGAAUCAUUCUGGUCAACAAAGAAACUGGAGAACUUAAGAGAGCAGAGAACUGGGCUGACAGAUUUGAAAACUUGGACAGGUUCAACCACAACAACCUGCGGAUCACUCGCAUCCUGAAGUGCCUGGGGGAGAUGGGAUACGAACGCCAUCAGGUGCACUUGGUAAAGUUUUUCCUAACAGAAACUCUUGUUAAGGGGACGCUACCACAUGUCAAGAGAAGUGCCUUGGAUUACUUCCUGUUCACCAUCAGAAGCAAAAGGAGGAGGAGAGAACUGGUCCACUACGCUUGGCAACACUUCAAACCUCAGGAAGACUUCGUGUGGGGGCCAAAGGAGAAACUCCAGAAGUACAGACCCCGCUCUGCCAAGCCACAGCUGCACCAAAAGGGUGAAGAUAGACAGGAAACUCCUGGUAAAAAAUGUGGUGAUUCUGUGGGAAAGGAUCAGAACCAGUCUCCAGAGGUGGAACAGAAAGCUGGAGAUGCUGUGAACUUGCAGCCUGAAGUGAGUGAUGAAGAUGUAAAAGAGAAGAUAAGCAAAUGUGUUUUGAAGGGAGGAGAUGAUGAAGAGGAGAAAGAAGCUUCAUCUGCCCAGCUGGAGGAGAAGGAUUUAAACAGUGAGGCUGAAGAAGUGCAGGGUACAGCAGAGAACGACUGCACAAAGGAGAGCAAGAAGAGAAAGCUGGAUGCACGUAUGGCAGAUGCUGAAAAGGUUGGACCACUGAAUAGCUCUACUGAUAUUGAAAACAUUUCCCAUAAUCUGGGAGAAUGUGCAAUUAAUGCAGAAAUUCCCUCCUCAGGCCCACCCUCACAAGCAGAAGAGGACCAGGAAGCACUGAAAGAAGAUGAUGAGAGCACCAAAGGCUCAGCAGUGCCAGAGACCACUGAUGCAGCUGUGAAACGGAGGAAAGUCGAUAAAAGGACAUUGAAAAACAAAACAGUCAACUUGGCCAUAAACCUGAACAUGGGGCCCACAGACUGUAGUGCCAAGGUAAAUCCAUCUGCUGCAAAGUCUGAGGCUGAAAAAGAAAAUGUCAGUGAGAAAAAUGAAACUGUGGAAGUGAGAAGCGAGAAGGGGGGUGGUGGUGAUGCAGAUGGUGAGGCAGUAAGACCCCUGGCUGGUUCCAGACUCCCCAGGACUGGCUCUACUUCUCCAAGAAGUGAUGGCUGUGAGUUGAGUGGAGAUCAAGGCACGGUGAGGAGUGAUCAGCACAACUGCAACAGCACACUCCUGGGGGGUAAGAGUGAGGUAGAUGGGGUAGAACAACAGGAAAAGGCAGAAAACGCAGACGAAAAAGGGCAAGCAGAACCCACAGACAAGAAACAAGCUCCAGAGAGUCUUGAGCAGAGCACGACACCCACUUGUCCUGAAGAAGACAGUGCUGAGAUUGCAACACAAAAAGCUGAGAGCUCUGAGCAUGCAGCAGAGCCUGGUGGAGAGCAGGGAGCAGCAGAAUGAGAGCAGCACAGCGAGUCCUCGAGCAAGCAGAGAUGACACUGCCCCAGCUGCAGGGAGCCAGCUUGGAUAAGAGAAGUACAUGGAAAAAUAAACUUCCUUUGGGAUGAUCCAGGCUGGCCCCUGUCUCACUUUCACUCUGUCAUGCUUUUCUAAUCAUCUCUAGUAAUUUCACCGAGAUCCAGCUUUUGGUUACCCUAAAGAGGAAAACUUUAAUUUAGUCAUCUUCAUGAACAGGCCUUGUCCUGUUCCUGGUUUUUAUCUGAUGUUCAGGGCUAUCUUGGAGCAACGGGGAUUUUUGCACUUUGCUUUGAUUCUGGUAUGUCCCUUCUGAAAGAGAAGAGGAAAAAUUAUCUCUUUCCUUGUUUGAAAUAGUUAAGUAUUUAUUAAAUACAUGAUUUUUAAUGUAAGACAGCAUGACCUAAUUUACCAGGCCUUUCUAUUACCAUGUAAUUUCUGUUUGUUAUUUUGAAAGGCUGUACCAUCCCAGGAGUUUUUUCCUGGAAAAAGCGCUGUUUCCCUAAAAUAGAUGAGUAUAUGGAUUUCACAUGAUGUCAGAGUAUAGCUGCCUCUAUAAGGAAGUAGGUUUGGCUUUAGACUGGGAUAAAAUGCAUAACCAAACAUACCUCUGAUCAGUAUGAACCUUUGUGUAGAUACUGUUCUGAGGUGCAAAGUGCUGAGUAAUUUGUUCUCUUCAUCCCCACAGAGGUUGCUUUGUAGUUCUUAGAGUUGUUAAGAAUAUGAGUUGUCUACUAGUUUCUAAGAGAAGAACCUUCAGAUUUUGCAUAAAACUCUAGAGCUGCUCUUCCCCAGGUUUUCCCACCACUUUUAGACCCUUUAUUGUCUUCCACAGAUAUCAGUGUCCAUGACUGGUUCAAAGGCCUUCCUUUCUCAGUUGCCAAAACAGCACAAAUUUUUCCCACUGCAUUUUUUUCAGCCUUUGCUGUAAUUUGCCAUGGCCUGUGGGGCUCCUUUCUGAGGGGCCCAUUGCGUGAGGUCAGAUGUGUCAGAUCCAACCCAUUUCCCAGUUAGGGCAGGAUUGGUUUGCCAUUAAUGGUCAGCAUGUCAAGACAGUGAGGGCAUGUCCAAGUGCAGCAUGUCUGGAAACCACUGGGCUUUGUGGGGCAGUUAAUUGAAGCUUUAAUUGGAGGGGGUAUGCUUGUCUGGUUCGUUUAUUUACAGCCCUCAAGAAUUCACUUUCAGACUUUGCCAGCUAUUUGCCUGCAUUAGUGUUCCUGACCUCCCUGUCAGCUGUUCUGCCUGACUUACACCAUAUUCCACCGAGUCUGAAAGAGCAUUAAACAGCUCAGCUCCUAAAAGUUGACAACAGGGACCUGUUUCAUGAAGGAGGGGAAACCGUUCCCAACAGCCAGAAGGUCUGGACUUGCUGUUUGCUCAGAUUGUUUGGUUUGGUUUUGGGGUUCUUUGGUGCUGUUUGGUUGAUGCAGCAGCCUGUGCAAUGUUAAUGUGUUUCCUCUCUCUGCUACAGUUCUUAAGAAGCUUCAUCUUUCAAGGAAUUUGAUGGGUGACUUGCCUUCCCAGACUGUAGGUCCUGAGCCAGCAUGCCACAUACAUGUGUGUGGGAAUAAAAGUCUGCAAGCUCAGAAUCUCAUGUUUGUGGUCACACACGUGCUGGAAAAAGGCUUUAAUGUUUUUAAAUCACUUUUUUUUUUCUUCUUAUGAACAGGUGGAGUUAAAUAGCCAAUAAGAAUACACUUAACUACAGAUACAAAUACUUGAAGAUGUUGAGUGAAAAUUCUUUCCUAAGAGAUUCCUAAGAAUUGUUAAUUGUGGCUUUUGUACAGAUUUAUAGUAAUUUUCUUAUUUAAUGAAAUUUCCAUUGUGAAUAUGUGCUCAGUUGGGGCAUAGAUCAUAUAUCUUGUUAUGGUGAGGUUUGGUUUUGUGUUUAAUGGGAUUUCACUGUGAGCCCCAGCCUGGAGUGAGUGCUCAAACCAAACCCUUCCCUCUCAUACCUGGUCUAGAGUUUUGACUGUAGGUGUGUGUGGUGAGUUCACAAGAUGUUUCCCAGCACUCAGAGUUGUAUCACAGAGUCUGUUAUGUUAAUUCCCCUAUUAAAGCAUGACUUGAUUGCA